AUGUCAACAGUUGUUAAUAGACGGUCAUCACAUCAGUUUGACUCUCCGAGUAAUCAUUUGGAUCAUUCAUCUUCGAUGAAUGUGGAUAAGGUGGUUCAAUCAGUUACAAAUGCCACUAAGCGUCUAUCACAAAUAUCUACCAACACCAAUAACUCCAAUAAGAAAAGAAAAACCCAAAAUAAAAUUGGACCUUGGAAAUUAGGUAGAACUUUGGGUAGAGGUUCUACUGGUAGAGUGAGGUUAGCCAAAAACACUACUACAGGUCAAUUAGCCGCUGUCAAAAUUGUUCCUAAAUCAAAUUUCAAGAAAUUAGAAAAUCCAAAAUAUAAACGCUCUAAAGAAGAUGCUACAAGAUUACCAUAUGGUAUUGAACGUGAAAUCAUUAUUAUGAAAUUAAUAUCCCAUCCUAAUAUCAUGGGACUUUACGAUGUUUGGGAAAAUAAGAACGAUUUAUACUUGAUUUUAGAAUAUAUUGAAGGAGGUGAACUUUUUGAUUAUUUAAUCAAACGAGGCAAAUUACAAGAAUAUGAAGCAAUAAAUUAUUUCAAACAAAUAAUCAAUGGUAUCAACUAUUUACAUCAAUUUAACAUUUGUCAUCGUGAUUUGAAACCAGAAAAUUUGUUAUUGGAUUUCAAUAAAAAUAUCAAGAUUGCCGAUUUUGGUAUGGCUGCAUUAGAAGUUAAAGAGAAAUUAUUGGAAACCUCUUGUGGUUCUCCUCAUUAUGCUUCACCAGAAAUUGUUGCUGGUAAAAACUAUCAUGGAGCUCCUUCGGAUAUCUGGUCAUGUGGUAUCAUCUUAUUUGCCUUAUUGACUGGCCAUUUACCGUUUGACGAUGAAAACAUUAGAAAAUUAUUAUUAAAAGUUCAAAGCGGGAAAUUCAAUAUGCCUCCAGAAUUGAGUUUCGAAGCUAAAGAUUUAAUCACCAAAAUGUUAAAAGUCAACCCAAGGGAACGUAUAACCAUUGAUGCCAUAUUGACACACCCAUUAUUGGCCAAAUACCCUGAACCAACUGUUUCCUAUUCUUCGACUACGACAUUGGAUAUAAAUAGUAUCAAUAUCAAACAGAUUGAAUCAGUUGAUAAAAUCGACAAGGAAAUCCUUAAGAAUUUAUCUGUUUUGUUUCACAAUUGUGAUGAAAAAACCAUAAUCUCAAGAUUAUUAUCACCAAAUAGAUGUCCAGAAAAAAUGUUUUAUUACUUGUUGAUGAAAUAUAGAAACGAACAUUUAUCAAAUUCAAAUUCAUUCAACAGCAGUAAUGAUGUGGACUCUGCUAGAUCUUUACCAAGAUCAACCUCAUAUGUAAAGACUACGGUAACAGAUCAUGCCACGGGUGAAAAGCAUACUACGGUGAAAAAAAUCCAACAAUCAUCUUCCAUUUACUCAAACCGGUCAUUAUUGAAAAAAUCCACCUCAGCAAAGGGUAAUGUAUUAUCAAAUAUCACCAAUAGACCUAAUACUCCAAAACAAUUCAGUGCAUCCAGCUCAUUUAAUAAAAAGAAAGCUCUUCAUAGUAAAACGCAAAUUUAUGCAUCACGGAGUAGAAAUGCAUCAUCUCGUUCUUUAAAAUCAAAUUCAUCAACUGGAAGAAAUGGUAAUAAUGCUUCUGUCACUUCAGUAAACAAGAUUCCCGAGAUUACUGGUGCUACAGUUUUGCAACCAAUUCCUCUGAUGGCUAUGAAUAGAGGUGACGAGCAACAGAAUAAGACCAAGAAAAAUUUAACUGGUACUUUUGGCAAUAAAUCUUUAUUGAACUUUCAGUUGAUUUGUGAAGAAGUUUUUGAAAAUGACAAGGAGAAUUCAAAACCAGUAUCAAAAACACCAGUAUCACAACUACCACCUCCACCUCCACCACCUAUUGAAACACCAACACUGAGAACAAACUCUGUGAAGAGAGGCAAAACAUGGUCAUUAGCAAGAAGAGAACGAGAAUUGGCCGAACAAGUACGCCAAAGAAAUGAAGCUCGAGAAAACAAAUUAAAGGCAGAAGAACUUGCUCGUAAAGAACUUGAACAGGAAAAGAAACGGAUUGCAGAAGAGAAAAAACGUUUGGAACAACAGGAAAGAGAACUCGAUGAAAAGCAAAAAUUACAAGAAAAGCAGAAAGCAGCCCUUGAGAAAUUACAAAAACAUCAAAGUGCUCAUGAUUUUGAAGGGUUGUUUGCAAGCAAUCGUCGUUCAGUUACUGAUAUGGCACCAUCUUCUGGUAUGUCACUGUUAGAUCCAAGAGCUCACAUGGUUUCCCGAGCCAAUACUAUAGGGUCACCAAAUUUGAGUAGCAGCUCUGUCAACAUUGAUGAAAAUGCAUCCAAGGUAUUGCACAAGUUCGGAAUUGAUGUUGCUCCUUCACCUAAACGAUUUUCUCGUGCUUCCAAAACGUCAACAUCCAAAAACUUGUCGUCAUUCUUGGCUCCUACUGUGUCACGUAAUUUAUCGUCACAGUUGAAAACAUCAAGUUCAAAAAAUUUGGCUGGUUAUUUACAUGGUACAACUGAUACUAAUGGUUCUGCUAUUGCUGCCAAGAAGAAGGAUAAUUCUACCAAUAAAGCACUCACAAUUGAGGAAUUCAAUGCCAAGGAAAGAACCAGCAUGUCACCUUCAAUUUCUAAAGCCUCAGUAAACAAAAGGAAUAGUAAUCAAAGCAGUUAUUACCGGUCUAUGUUUAGUGACAAUGGCAAUGAUGAUAAUGUAACUAAAGUUCGAACUAGAGAGAGUCAUUUGUCGGUACAGGAAGAAGAAGAAAUGGAUAUGGAGAAUGCAAUUGACGAGGAUAUUUCAUUAAUACCAAAUCCGAGAUUCUCAAGGUUUUCUUUUGGCGGAUUAUUAGGAUCAAAUACUGUUGCUAAUGAGGAAGGAGAUUGGACAAUAAUGAAUAGCACUCUCAACCAUUCGAACACAGUUGUCAGGAGAACUCAUAAUAAAUCAUCUACCAUGUUAGGUUUGGGUAUUAAAAUGAGAGACACGACAACGAUUAAAGAGGAUGAAGAAUUUGAGGAUGAAAAACCAUUCAUUUCUGUACCUUCUUCUGAAGAUGAUGAAGGGAAUACACACAAAAAUAAACGUGGAGGACUUCGUGAUAGUGGGAACUAUGAUUUUGAUGAAGAACAUUCAGUCGCAAGCACAGCUAACACUGAAUAUUCCGAUGUUGCUUCUCAGGGACAACAAAGGCCAGGUUCUCACACCAUUCAUCAAUUGGAAACUGAAUUAUCUAACUUUGAUCUUUUGAGUUAUAGAGUAGCUGAUAUUGGUAAAGUUAACAAACAUAAGCCAAGCAUAGUUGAUUCCAAGGAAACUUUACUUAAGAAUCAUUCAUCUGAUGAAGCCACUAUUGAAGUUAAGGAAGAUAACAACGAGCAUGACUUCAAUGAUAAAAUAAAACAACAUUAUGAUGAUAAUGGUGACAGUGAAGAAGACGACGAGGACGAGGACGAAGAAGAAGAAGAUGACGAUGACGACGAUGAUGCUAGAAGCUCAUUUGAAGCCAGACCACAUAGUCAUAAUUACUCAUUAGCAGAAAUAACUAGUGAAAGUCCAGUAGGUGGAGGUUAUGAGUCACCUUCAAUUGCCAAUGAUUUCAAGAAAUCAAGACAUUCGACUGGUAUUUUCAGUACUACUCAGUUCCCACGAUCUCCAUAUGUUGUCAAUAAUAAUGGUGAUUCCAAUAAAGAUGAAAACAGUCAGCAACAAACCAAACAUAUGUUGAAUGAUGGUCAUAAGGGAUUGAUUACCAGUCCAGUACAAGACACUUUUGGUUCCAAGAAACCAGUAGAAUCCAAUUCAUUAUUCAGGAGACUAUCAUUGAACCCUAAUAGAGCGGCACCUAAAGCUCCAGCACCACCACCACCCUCAGCACCAACAUCAUCUGCAGCCAAAGCCAAUAUUUCACAACCACUUUCAUCGCCUACAAAAGGCCAUAAUAGAUUUUCACGAAUAUCAAUUGGAUCGAAAAAUAUGUUACAAAAAGAAGAUAAAAGUACCAAGAGUAAUUGGUUCAAAAAAUUUUUCCAUUCAUUGACUACACCAAGCACAAAGGAACAAUCAGGAAAUAGUUCAAGUAAAGUAGCUUCUAAAGAUAUUAAAAUCAUUGAUACUUCCUUGACUGCUGCUCAACUAAUACGAGUGAUUAAAUAUCAAUUAGAAUUGAAAAAAAUUGAAGGUUCUAUUUCUAAAGUAGACAUUGAUGAAGAAUUUGGGUUAAUAUCAGGGGUGAUACCAAGUAAAUUUGCAAAUGGUAGAAAAUUGAAAUUUAAAAUUGAAGUUAUUGAUUUAAUAAAUUCAUCAUCAUUGCAUGUAAUUAAAAUGAAAGGUAACGAUAAAGGGUUCCAAAGUUUGGUCAAUAUUGUCACGUUUAUAAUCAAAAAAGAAGAACAAGAUAAAAUCUGCAGGAGGUGA